AUGUUAACAGAUCUAUACACAAGAUUUUUCUGCGCCGAUAUAAUUGAAGAAAUCGUAACGAAACUCGAAUACGACCAAUCUACUCUGCAUUCAUGUAUUUUAGUGAAUCGCACUUGGUGUCAAGUGACAAUUCCUGUGCUAUGGCGAGACCCAUUCAGUUUUGUCAGUACUAUACCGAAUAAUGAAUUAGAAAAUAAGAAAUUAAAGUCUUUAUUUGUCGUUUGCUUGCAGUAUUUGAAGGAAGACGAAGAGAAAUCGAAAAUAUGUGGACUACAAGAGUUUGAAACGUCAAACCAAAAUGAAAAUGUUCCAAUUGUAAAAUAUAAACCCUCAUUUAGCUACCUCGCUUACAUUACACAUCUCGACGAUUCUGUAAUAUUUCGAAGUAUAUUUCGUAUUAUGCGUCAAAUAAAACAAACUGAAUUAAUCGAAGCAAAGAAUGCAUUCGUUUCCAUUAUCUCGAUGCUCUUUAACCACUCCAGAAAUAUAUAUUUUCUUAAUAUCUCCUCAUCGGCUUAUUUCGUCAACAGCUUAACUGAGGAAAUAUUCGCUGGAUUCUCGUCACUUUUUCUUUUGAUAUCCACUCGACAUACAAAGAUUGAGCAAUUACAAAUACGCAUCGAUUCCGACAACUUGUAUUCCGAAGUAUUAUUAGAGAAUGUCUUGUCUAUAAUCGAGGCACAGAAAGAAUUACGAGAUUUUACAUUUAUAGUCGAAGAUUUUGAGUGGAAAGAAUUAAUCGGGAUGGAAUUUAUGAAGCUUUUAUUGAUAACGCUAGGAGAGAAGACUGAUAAUGAAUCAGGGGGAAAAUUAGAGAGAGUAGAAUUUAUAGGAUGUGAUUUUGAUGGUUGUACUUGGGACGAUGGCGAAACGUUAUUUGAUGGUGUAAGUGGGGUGGUUUUUGAUGCGUGCAUUAAUUUGGAUGAAGAAAUUUUAACUAGGCUUGAGAUUAAGGAUGAAGAAAACGACAAUUGGGAAAUGAGCUUUGUAUAG